AUGAAGUUAACUAACGAUUUGAGCCUCUCACUAAAGUCAAGUCAAAUCGUAGUAGUAUCACCUCUAUUCGCUGACUGGAAUAUUAGCCUGUUGCGUGCUUUGUUUCUGGAGACGGGUUGGAUCACAACAAAAGAUAGCGAUAGCAAAUUGAUGCUGGUACCAUAUAUCGAAGCAUACGUGAAUGAUUUUCAAAUGCUUGGUGUGUGCGAUGAACCUUUCCAGAGAGAGGGGAAGUACAUGUUACUGCUUCCACAACCAGCAGAAGAGGCAGGCAAAGUUAUCUACACGUCGAUUUGUUUUCAAAUGCAUUGUGCAAAAGAACUAAGUGCAGUAUCUAAAAAAUUAGCAUUCAGUGAUUUCUUGCUUGUUCCUUCCAUUCUUAGCAGUAAAUCCAUUUGUUUGCCCACUAUGGAUGAGGCGCUGUUGACUGCAAGCAAGAUGAUCAUAACAAAAUUCAGAGACGAUUACAAGAUGCAAUACGGAAUCAAUACAGAGAAUGAACUUUCAGAAUCUGCAGUCUCUGAAAUAGCCAUUGCGCUGGCAAACAUUGCUCCAACGAGGUGGAAUCUGGAAGGCACGAUUAACAAGAUUAGCAAUAACUUACGAUAUGUAGAUUUUGCCGAAAACCUACCCCCGGAUUUCAAAGAGUAUCCGACCAAGUAUUUCCUCAUGGAUUUAGCACAGGAAGCCAAUACUCAGCAGUAUACAAAUCGUCUCUGUGAUUUCCUACAUGAAUCUUUAAAAAAUAUUGGCUCAAUCAAGGACGCACCAGAUGGAGUUCGCAAGAUAAUUCUCGAUUCUGGUCAUUUGAAAAGUCAUCAUCGUUAUUAUAUCAAGAUGGCCCUAUUACAAGCAAAGCUCAUCAGACCUGAGGAUGCAUUUACUGCAGUUAACAUUGAGAAUGGCGCGCUACCUAGGUCGCUGAAAAUGGUUCAAGUCGCAAAUGCUCUUCUGCCACCACUGAUUCAGGACGAAGAAGAGUCCAAUGAAAUUGCAUUCAACGAUGGGCAAGAUAACGACAGCACUCUAUUACCCUUAAACUCUUUUUAUGUACAAGCUAAUAUUGGUGAACGGCAGAUCGACUUUAUACUAAACAAGGUGGUCAAAGCAUCCUUGUGCAAAGAUCCUGUAAAGCUGUUCACUGCACAAGAAAGAACAGUUGAAAUGGAUGACAUACUGGUUGUAGCAUCUGAAAUUAUGUGGGGUCAUUAUCAACAACUGGAAUCAGAGAGCCAUCUAGACUCAUUAAUUACAUGCUGUGCAAAGCAUGAGAACAUCACACUGUCGUUAAGCCAUUACAAGUGCUUUACUGCAAACUUGACGAAUUUUAUCAAUAACUGGUUUCAAAACAAAAGCACACUCUCGUGUAAAGAAUUGGACACAUGCCACUUGAUUUCAAUCGACAAAGAAUGCCCUUGUGCUCUCAAGAUAACUCAUCGAAUGUUGCUAGAGAUAGGAUUGAAGCCUGUAGUGUCCAUUAUCGCUGAAACCAUAGUGGGCACCACUCUUUCAAGCGAUCACUUUGGCCUAUAUCCAGUCUCUGCACUGUUUGUCAAAAGAGGUGUAGGUUUCGUCGACAAUGUGUAUUGCUCUGAUUGCCUUCAGCACCAUUUAGAAGAAAAACUUGCAGAGUUCUUCCAAAACCACCAACAAAAGCCUGCCAUGUGUUUCGUCGACAAGGAAGCAGAACAUGCACUGAAGCAAUUUCUUGUCAAAGGAAACUAUAAGCAGAUUGCUGGUUCAACUUACACAAUCAGCAUGAAAAUCGAAACAGAAAAAAGUUCUUUUACAUAUGAACUUCUGGAUGAUUACCGUAACGCAUACCAGGAUAUUCCGGGAACAUACUCUCGUUCGAAUCUUCGAAGAGUACAAUACUUCAAUUCUGAAUACACUAUUUUGAAGAAGGACAAGGAUUUACCAAGCACAGGCUUUAAAAGGAUUUUUUUUCUGCUUAACCGUCGUACGGCAGUUGUGACUUUGAAUAUCCAGCUUCCUGCUCACACAUUCCAAUUGAAAGUGAUCCAAGCUGAGUUUGUGCUCGGUCAAGAUAGCUGCUAUAUUAGCAUAGCCAUUUUGCCACUUUUACAUUCAUCGGCUAUGAGGGUUACUCUAUCCUGCUUUGGGGCCUCAAGCAUUGGAGAAGUGUUUGAGGAAAUUGAGUCGAUAGAAAUUCAGGAGAGGCUACAUUUAAAGAGAAAGUGA